AUGCAACGAUUAUUAAAUGAUAAACAAACUCAACAAGAGCACGAACGAAUGGAACAACAAAGUACUCACAACGAAGACAACAACAGUAAUUCUGAUACUCUGGUACAACGAACCACAAAUGACAACAUGAUUCAACUUAAUCCACGCAAAUACGAUAAUUUCAUUGAACAACAAUUGAUCAAGGAUAAAAUUACUAAUAUCCGAAAAUUUUCUGGCAACAAAUAUGAUGAUGUGGAUGAAUGGCUUCAAAAUAUUGAUCAUGAUUUUUCUUCAACACUUGUAAGUGAAGAAGUUAAAUUAAAAAUUAUACUUAGGAGUUUAACUAACGAUGCUAAAAAUUGGUUUGAACAAAACAAGCAUCGUCUUUCAACAUGGGUCAUUUUUAAGAAAGAAAUCCAACAUCGAUUUCAAUCAUCAUUACAUAAAGAUGAACGAUUUAUACGUCUUCGAGAACGAAAACAACAAACUAAAGAAACUGGACAACAAUUUAUUGAUGCCAUGGAGAAACUCUGCUUCCAAGUCAACUCUUCUAUGAAGGAAGAGGAAAAAAUGCUCCACAUCAAAGCUGGUUUGAAACCAUCCUUGAAAGAAAAAGUAUUGGAUAAACAACCACAAUCUAUGGAUCAAUUAAGAAACACGAUAAAAAUGGUCGAAGACAUUGAGACAAUGCUCAAUAAUGGAAAUAAUAACGAAGAUCAACUCCAACAAACAUUAUUUGCAUCAGAUGUUGAUCAACCAGUUUACGAUGAUGGUAACUCCUAUGCAUUACCAUCACAUUAUAAUAAUAAUUCAUAUCAAUAUCGUCGUCAAAACAACUAUUAUUAUCGCCACCAACAACAACGACAAAUGAAUCAAUCAACAUAUGCAACAAAUAGAAAUUAUCAAUCAAGAAAUAGAUAUGAACAAAAUUCGAAUCAACAGCAAUCAAACAAUAAACCAUUCACCAACUCAUCCUCAACAACAACAUCACAAUAUAACAAUUCAAAAAAAUACUAA